CUUUCCCAGAUUUUUUUAAAAGUUUGACCAAGAAAAGAAGAGAUGAAAGGAUGGUUGAAGAUCAUUUUGGUGGCGGUUUCGUGUGGAACUAUUCUGUCUCUUUUGUUGAUUAUGAUCAUUCAAAAAACAUGUAACCGCAAAAGACGCAGAGAUCGUUUUGAAGUAGAAGGAAGACCAGAAAUUCCAGAAAACACUCACUCCGCCGCCGCCGCCGCCGCCGGAAUAACUCAACUUCAACAUGCGAGUCUUCACCAUCUUGACCGAAACGGAACCGGUAAAAUCAAUUACUUCGUUUUCCGCCGUGGGCCGUCUGCGAAGCCCAAUUUCAGUUGGGCCGAUAACCCUUCCCUGGUCGCAGACGCCAUCGACAACGGAUGGGCAAACUUCGGGUUCACCGCCCAUAAUCCGCCGCCGCCGCCGACCCGAUCGGCCAGGUCUCUGCUCGGCGCGUGCGCGGCCGGUGAUAAUCAAACGGCGGUGAAGAUAAGCUGGGAAGUCUCCCCUGGUUCAUCGGAUUUGGUACAGAAAAUCAGAUUCAGAUGCAAUUCAGACCACAUGAAGAGAAUCAGUGGCAUCAGAAACAAGUCGCCGUCAAUGACCGCCGCCUCUGUUCUGAAGACUUCGCUUCCUCUGCCAGGCCCACAAUUGGGGACUUCAUCUUUCCCGCAAGAAGCCUAUUUCGAGAUCACGAUUUUGCUGUGUGAUGAGGAUGAAAAUGAAGGCCGGAAAUCUCAAGAUGACAAAAUUAACCUCAUUCGAGAAGACUAUAAUGCCAAAUCUGCGGUCCACGCCAUGAGCAUUAAUGGUGAUGAUGAUAAUGGAAAGGGGAAUAGGAAACACAAUAGCAAUAACAAUGUGGCUAUAUCCAUAGGGCUAAGUGGAAGUGGUUGUCUUCCUUUCAGGCUUCCAGGGAGCUAUCCUGGUUCCAUUGGAUUCAAUUCUAAUGGUUCUGUCUGUCUUGAUGGGAUGGUGCUGGUCUAUGAAGGGGAACCAUGGGGAAGAACAGAAGAAAAGGUUAUUGGAUGUGGGUACAACCCAAGCCAAAAGAAAGUGAUUUUUACAAUGGAUUCACAUCUUAUGCAUGAAAUCAAAUGCAAAUCAGAGGAAUUUGGAAGCCCGCUAUAUCCAACUAUGG